AUGCGUGCCCUCGCUCUGCGGGGCCCUCUCAAACCCCCCGUGCGUGUGAUCAUCUCCCCUCCCUCACCCUCCCUGCCUCCCACGAACCACCCCCAGGAGGGGCGCACCGUGUUCCAGCCGGGCCUGCUGGCGGAGGCCAACCGCGGGGUCCUCUACGUUGACGAGGUGAACCUGCUGGAGGAGGGGGUGGCCAACCUGCUGCUGUCCAUAAUCAGCGACGGCAUAAACUACGUGGAGAGGGAGGGCAUCAGCGUCAGCCACCCCUGCCGCGCGCUGCUGGUGGCCACCUACAACCCUGAUGAGGGGCCCCUGAGGGAACACCUGCUGGACCGCAUCGCCAUCACACUCAGCGCGGACGCACCAGCCACGUGGGAGGAGCGGGUGGAAGCCAUUGACGCCGCGAUGCGCUUCCAGGACCACGCCAGCCAGGUGCUAGCGGAGACGGCCGAGCUGACGAGUGACCUGGCGAGUGCCGUUGUGAUGGCGCGCCACUUCCUGCGGGACGUGAGGAUCAGCGAAGACCAGGUGCGCUUGCUGGUGGAGGAGGCGCGCCGCGCCGGCUGCCAGGGCCACAGGGCGGAGCUCUUCGCGGUGCGCGCGGCGCUGGCGGCGGCGGCGCUGGCGGGGCGCGACACCGUUGACCGGGAAGACCUGCGGGAGGUGAUGACCUGGCGGGGCGGUUGA